ACAAAACCGUAAUUUUAGUAAUGGCGGAGAAAAGUUGGACAAUAACAUCUUCACUUUCCAAUAACUUCGUUUAUUUAAGUUACAGUAGAUAGUUUUUUCUAUACAGGCUUUGUGUUUGUUAUAUAAAAGAAGCAUCGUACCUGUGGGCUUAUUCAUCAAUAUCCCGAAAAAUUGCAUUUACAUUGGAUUGGUCUUGUUUAUAAUGUUUUAUAAUUUUUUAUCUUAGAAUCUUCACAUAGUGGUACAGAGAAAAAACAUUCAUUUACUACAGCUCAUUCCUUGUUUCGUGAUGAAAAAUUGCCAGCUUAGUGUUGAUAGAUAGCUAUGGCGAAUUUGAAUUUCACAAGAAAUAUUGGAGGCAACAGCCUCGGUAGACCAGCUAGUGUUGGUUUUGGAAAUAAUUCGAUGUCUGGGCAUGUAACCCCCGUCUUUGGUCAGAGAGCUCCAGCUGAGAGGAGAGGAAUCCCAGCAAUGGGGAAUACAAGCCAAAUGGGCAAUGUCAAUACAUUAGGAGGUUAUAAUUCCUUUAACGCAGUGUUUGGCUCAGGUGAUGCAAACACCCCGUCCCUGUUAGAUUUGAGCGAAUUUCCCUCAUUGACCAACAGGAGUUCUGGCGACAACGUUCCUCAGCCUAGUCCGAUGCCGGGGGCCAAACCCUACGUUGGAAUGGUUAAGCAACCGACCUCUGAAUCGAGUGAGUUCACCAUGUCAUCGGAAGAUUUCCCAGCACUACCAGGCACGCAAGUACGUGAUAGUACGUCGCCCGGGGGCAGUACAAUUGUAGACAAGCAGAAUAAUGGCGGUGGGGGCGACGGUUCUAGUACGAGGGAAAAUGAAAAGGGGAGUUCAAAGACAGGUAUCCAAACAUAUCCCGAUGGGAGGGUAACGAAUAUUCCUGGCAGUAUGGUGAGCGACCAGUUCGGCAUAGUCGGUCUCUUGACAUUCAUCAGGGCGGCCGAGACCGAUCCAGACCUAGUAUCGCUUGCGCUCGGGCAAGACCUAACGGCGCUCGGACUGAAUCUCAACUCUCCGGAGAACCUCUACCCAAGUUUCGGCGGACCGUGGGCAGAGUUUCCCUGCAGACCUCAAGACAUCGAUUUCAACGUUCCUCCAGAGUACAUCAUCAACCACGCGAUCAGAGACAAACUGGCAUCGAUGAAGUUGAGCCGAUAUAAAGACGAUUUACUAUUUUUCAUAUUUUAUAAUAACGUCGGUGAAGUACUUCAGAUGAUGGCAGCUAGUGAAUUAUACGCGAGGGAGUGGAGGUACCACAUAGAAGAGAAAGUGUGGAUAACGCAAGUUCCGGGUAUGGUCUUGAUAGAAAAAACAUCGACGUACGAACGAGGCACCUACUAUUUCUUCGACGCGCAAAAUUGGCGGAAGGUGGCCAAGGAAUUUCAUUUAGAAUACAACAAACUGGAGACAAGGCCUUCCUCGAAUUUCACCGCCCACAUAUACGGAUGAAAGGCUGAUUUCCCAUGACUCUGCCCAAUAUAAAUAAAUGAAAAGUGUAUAAAUUAUAUGCAUUGAUUCGUUAGAUGUAAGAAAAGUGGACCUAUAAUGGAAUAAUCACGUUAUGAUUGUUCCAUUUGUGGAAUCGGAUAAGUAUUAAAUUGAAAAGGCGUUAAAAGUUAUAUAUCUAUACACAUUUUCAUUUUAUUUGUAAAUUAACUGUAAAAUAUUAAUAAAUAAUAAUAUGAUUACUUA